AUGGUUAAGGACAUGAGGAGUAGAAUGAGUUUGUUUAGUGCUAUUUUAGUCCAUCAAGCAAGCAAAGAGGGCCGGACAAAAAUGCUUAUUGGGGACAUGGACUUUUCAAGGUUUAUGAUCUAUGUGCAACAUGUAGAGGAAGAAAACCUGAAAGAUAGAGAGGAGUUUAAGAACAAGUGGAAUAAACGGGGAAUGAGUCCGGGCAACAGAAGAGUAAUGCCAAACAAUCAUCCUUAUUAUCUACUAGUGCACUUCAACCUAAGAGCAAAGGUGAUUACUAUGGUUAGAAUUCCAGAGUUAAACCUUCAUAUUCAUAGGUAUGGUCAUACCGGCCAUUUCAUGAGAGAGUGUCCAAAGAAUAAGCAGGUAAAUGGUAAUGGGGGCAAUAAAACUCAGUCUUCAUCAGUUGCUCUGCAAGAUAGGGCAGCACUUAGAGGAUCUACUUUUGGUAAUGGAGGGGGAGCAAACCACUUGUAUGUUGUCAACAAUUGCGAAGAGUAA